CAAACGGCUGUUUUGUCGCGACGCCUGUCACAAAUUUUACUGCACCAGCAUUUUUCACUUUCGUUCACGGAUCCCUUCGGGAUAAGUGGCUUGCCAUCGGUCACAUUAGCUGGGAAUCAGUUCAAGCCAGCAGUUGUGCAAUUUACGUCUUUCGCUAAGUGCUAAGUGUUGUGCUAGGUGACAGUGUUACGAUUUUGCCAUCGAAAAUCGAAUCCUAAUCGAAAAAUGGUUUCACAUGAUACCUUCCGCGUUAUGGGCUACAUUUAUGCCACCCUCUGCAUAGUGGGCUCACUAUUAUUUAUCAUAAACUCCAGUCACAUGGUUACGGUCAAAGAAAGAUAUUCGAAUCCUACGCAAGUCGGAAGCCGUGUAGUUGGUGUGAGCAUCGUUGUGCUUAUCUUUUCCAUGAUUUCGAUCAUUUUCGAAAUCAUGCUUAUAUUUGGCAUGAUAAUGCGUCGGCCUAACUUUAUUCGAUAUCAUGAGAAUUUUAUAACACUGAUCUACGUUCUGUCGUUGAUUGGAAUGUUUGUCGGUUGUAUUGUAUCCGGAAUUCUGAUUGGUGGUGAGGCUACAGGAGGCGCAGGAGAACCUUUGAGCGCAUUGAUAUUUGCGUUGACGAUAGUUUACAUGAUCGGAAUAAUUUCUGCCACACUUCUUUUCGUGUUGAUAAAAUGGAUACAUCAAGGCAUGAUAAAAUCAAUUUUGCACGAUAAUUUACGUCUAGUUAUGGUUAAAGAUGAUGUUCUUUAGUAUGAACGCAGUGAUUUAUAUUGUUCGGAAAAGAUAUUAUUCCUAGUUAACACUAGUACGAACCAAUUUUCGAAGCGUUUAUUUUUUAUUUGACUAGAUUGAGAGUAUCAAUAUAUGUUAUAAGGAAGUGAAAGUUAUUUUUGAAAUCAUGAAUUCAAGUUUUUCAAAAGUUUUGGAGUGCUUCUCUACUUUUAGAAAGUCGUAUAAUUUUUUUGGAUGCACCAUCUGAUACCACAUUGCAAAUAUAUAUUUGUACUUAUUUUCCCCUUCAACUCUGUAGCAUGCAUUCUAAACAACGAUAAUUAGAGUAAUAGUAUUGCGGAAAAUUACGGCAAGAAUUUUUUUUUUAAAUGGAUAAAUCUAAGUCGUUAAUGAUAAUGUUUUAAGCAUUUAUGUAUAAUUGUUCAUAUAAUUCAUCCCAUUCUAACUGAUUCGGAUACGUCUGUUAAGAAAUAGGACAUUGGAUGCCAACAGGAGUAUUGGUAAGAUCGAAAAAUUUUAACUGUUACUUGCAUAUAUAAACCUGUUGAACCCUCUGGACGCCAUUCGAUCAUUUUGUUUCAUUCGUUAGCGAUUAUAAACAAUCAUCGGAGCAGCAUAAUAGUUUUUUUUGCCGGGAACAGUCACGUUGAACUUUUUUUUUCAAAAUGGAGCCCAUAUGAAACAAUGAAAACUUUCCAUUCACGUUGAUCUGCAUUAUGCGCCAAUUUUAACAAGCUUAGGCUUAUUUGAAUGUUAAUAUUGAAUUGUGGAUACGAAAAUGAAAUAGCUGACACUUCCGGAGAAAUAAUCGUUGAAGUGACGUAACCGACAAGCCGAAUUUUCUUGUAAACGCACGCUUUUCUCGGAGAUGGCUCAACCGAUUUCAACAAGCUUAGGCUCGUUUGAAAGCUACUAUUAGAUUAUUGAUCAAGUUCGAUUAUCAUAUAACUAACCCUUCCGGUUCUGUGGAUAUAAUCGUAUAAGUGACGCAACCGACAAA